CCCAUGACAGCGAGAGAAAGUACUGAAAGGUUAAAAAUAAAAAGAUUUGAAUUAUGACUUGGCUAUGCUUUGUGUUGUGUUUUGCGGCUUUGUUGAUGCAAGGAUUAGCUUUGCGAUGUUAUGAAUGUUUUUCAAGCAAUAUAAAAAGUUGCAACAGGACAAAAACAGUGGUUAAAUGUUCUGAAAAACACAAAGACGAUAUGUGUAUCACGAUGUCUUACUUGCUCGUCGAAGACAAACAUAAUUCGGAACGAGUGUAUCAAACAGGAUGUGCACCAUCUUAUGAGAAAUGUGAUUUUCAUUGCAAACUGAUGUUGUUAUCUGGAGAAUCUCAAUGUCAGUCAUCCUGCUGUUCCAAUGAUUUGUGUAAUCAUCCCUCAAAUGAAAAACUUGUUCCAGCUUCGUUGACCAGUGAGUGCACGAAGAACAGAACUCGAUAUGACAUACUCAUAGUACUGCUGCUUGUUGUCUACAAAUAUAUUGUGUAAAGUUAAAAAAUCCUUUAACCUUACAACAAAACUACACAUUUUUUUUCUUAGUAGAUGUAAACGUAUAUUAUUCUGUGGUCAAAUUCUUUCAAUCUUAGCGAAAGCAACUGUGUUUCUUCUAAGUUGUUUCCAAGAUCGCCAUUCUUAUUGUGUAAAAGUGGGAUAUUGCCAUAAAAAGAUACAUCUACGUCCAGUUUUUUUUCUUUAGUCUUACAACAAAACUACACUUUUUUGUAAGUUGUUUUUAGCUUUAAACGCUAUGAAUGUAAACGCAUAUGUCAUUUUGCUGUUAAAAUAUUUUAAUCUUAGAGAGAACAACCAACUGUGUUACUUCUAUCGUUUUUUAAGACGGCUAUUAUCGAUAUUGCGCCACAAGCGAUGAAGCUCUGGAGUCAAAUUAAAGUAUCUUUCACCCACACUAUCUGCCAAACGUUAAACAGAUAGCUCCGUGUUUGCAUAUUUUCUUUAUAAAUGUAAGAAAAAAGAAAAUGAAUUAAAAUGGUGGACUAAAUUAAUUCGCAUUAGGACAGCUACAUUAUUCGCAACAAUGAUUUAAUAGCCUUCACCAUGAAUUAAUUAAGGUACUAACCGCGUUGAAGGCAUUAAGCCACCCAGCUCGCCCCAGUAAAUCCGCACUUUGACUUUCUUCUGAUC